AUGCUCCCGGCCGCCGCCCCGCGCCCUCCGCCGCUGCUGUGGCCGCCGCCCGCCGAGCCCCCCGCUCCCCCCUGGGCCUGGGGGCUGCUCCGGGUGGGCGCUGCCACCGCCGGGGCUCCGCCGCCGCCGCCGCCGCUGCUGCUGCCGCCCCCCGCGCUGCUGCGGCCCGGGCCGGGCUGGCGCGGCCCCGCAGAGCCCCCGCUGCUGCCGCUGCUGCCCGGGGAGCCGCUGCUGCACGGCCAGUGGAUAUUUGGAGCUCAUUCGCCGGUCGUGGGGUUCUCCCCUCCUUCCAGCGUGGAGCUGGUGCCGGUGUUCCCUCCCGUGUACACGGCCGCGGUGCCGCCGCACGCCGGGAAGGGCUGGCUCGAUAAAAGGCUGCCCAACUGCAAAAUCUACUUGAGCAAUGCCUUUGCCCUGGACUCGGCCUGGGUGCAGCCUGAGGAGCCCAGGCUGCUGCAGGGGGCUGAGAAGCCUGUGCUGCUGAGCAAUCAGGUGGCCAUGGCUGUGGCCAGGCCAGCUGCUGCCCCCAGGCCCCUGCCCACGCUCCUCUUGGCCCCUCAGCUCAUCCCAGGUGGGUGCCAGAACAGCCUUAAAGCCAUGGGUGGCACUCAGAGCCUGGCCCUGGUGUCCCUGGAGCCAGAGCCCCCCCAGGGCCCCCAGCCCUGCCACCUCCUCACCUUGUCCCCCAUCAAAGUCCCUCUGCUGGCCUCGCCCUUCCCAGGCUGUGGCUCCAGGCUGGACGCCGUGGGGCCCUUACUGCCAGCCCAGCUCACCCGUGUCACCGCCCUGGCCGCGCCCGGCGUCACCCUCGUCACCCAGCUGGUGGAGCAGCCACGGGCAGACGGUGGCAAGGAAUCGAGCAGAGCCUCCUGCCCGCCCACGCUGAUCCUGCACACGGAGAGGAAGAGUGUCCCCAGGGGCAGGGACAGAGACCAGGGUCCCUCCUUCCAGCUGCUGAGCGAGGCUGAUGCUGCUGCCAAGGGGAACAAGCCCGUGGCAUCCACCCCCGUGCCAGGAUCCCCGUGGUGUGUGGUCUGGACUGGAGAUGACCGGGUGUUCUUCUUCAACCCCACCAUGCAGCUGUCGGUGUGGGAGCGGCCGCUGGACCUGCGGCACCGCGGGGACAUCAAGCGGCUGCUCGAGGACCCCCCGCACAAGCGCAAGCUGGAGGCGGCAGCAACAGACAAAUGUGUGAGCUCUUGUCCAGGGGAUGAAAAUGAUGAUCUGAGCAUCAAAACUAAGAGAAAUAAGACAGAGCCGUGCCAGCCCGCGGGCCGUGCCGAGGAGGAGCAGGGUCGGGAGGAAGGCUCAGCCCCGCGGAUCUCGCCGCCCCUGGAGGAGAGGAUCACCCACUUCAGGGACAUGCUGCUGGAGAGGGGGGUGUCGGCGUUCUCCACCUGGGAGAAGGAGCUGCACAAGAUCGUGUUCGACCCGCGCUACCUGCUGCUCAACCCCGAGGAGAGGAGGCAGAUUUUUGAGCAGUUUGUCAAGACCCGGGUCAGGGAGGAGUACAAAGAGAAGAAGAACAAGUUGCUGUUGGCCAAGGAAGAAUUCAAGAAGCUUCUGGAAGAAUCCAAGUUAUCCCCAAGGACAACCUUCAAGGAAUUCGCAGAGAAGCACGGCCGGGACCAGCGCUUCCGCCUCGUCCAGAAGAAGAAGGACCAGGAGCAUUUCUUCAAUCAGUUCAUCCUUAUUCUCAAGAAGAGGGACAAGGAGAACAGGAUUCGGCUGCGGAAAAUGAGAUAAAAAUGAGAUAAAAGCAGCUGGAAGGGGCAAUAAAGGCAGGCUGGCUGCGGGAGGGGAUCCCAAGGAAGGAUGAAACGCUCGGGGACUGUGAAUCCCUGCACUCUGAUUUCUCCCUGAAGAAUUCAGGAAGACCCCUGACUCACUGACUGCACAGGGGUCCAGCAGCACCCCCAGGAGUGGGGGAUCCUGAGGGAAAACUGCCUGUGGACGGAGCCUGGGCAGCACCCACUGCAGCUGGGACCAACGGGAAGGACCUUUCUCAAAGAAUUAAUGUUUCAUAUUGAAGCUCUCUUUUGUACAACAUCCCCAGUUUGAUGCAUUUCUAAUUGCCAUGAUACGUCGAUCCCUUAAUUGUUUUAAUUAUGCAAAUUACUUGUAAUAGACACAAGUUACGACUCCAAUGCAGAUUUAUAAUUAAGCAGAAGCAGAUGCCAUCCAGAGCAAUCUCAAGGCAUUUCCAUCAUUUUUGGGGAACUGUCUCAAGCAAUCUUUGGGCAACUCUGCAUUUCCACCAAGUGUGUGGGGUCUGAUGGUCUGCAGGACCCACUCCCACUGCUCAUCCAUCUCUGUCCAGUCCUGAGUAGUAGUAAUCAGCUAUUAAUUGUUAAUCUUGGUGAAGAGUGUGAAAACCUUGGCACAUGUUCCGAUCCAGAACUUCCAGCCCCAGUUCUGUGGUGAAGCCAUCCCAGUCGGAUUUGGGUUCUGUUCCUGUGCGUGAAGAGUCUGCAUGAGAUUUUUCUCAUCAUAUUUGUACAAAUAAAUAUUUAACUUUUGUAAUU